AUGGCUUCGCCUCCCAAAAAAUUAAAAACUGAAGAAAACGGAUCUCGUUUAAGUAAACUUUUAAUCAAUAAAGGAACCCAAGCCUUAAAAACAACAUUGCAAUCUUUAUUAAAGCCAUCAUGUUUAGCUGGUAAACUUAAAGAUCACUCUACAAAGAAGACACUAACAUCUUUGAAAUUUAAAGUCAUUAAGAAUGAGCAAUGGGAUCUUCUUUACCCGUCAGUUGGUGACCCUGACAUUGAAAACUUUGACAUCACAUUAUUGACUGUCUUAUUGCGAAAUAUAUGUGGUCUAACAGCACCGCAUGGUGGAUGGAAUAGUUUUCCUUCCUCUUCAGAUACCUCAAUCUCAGCAAAUAUUGCGAGAAUAAAGUUUUAUCGAAACGAAGUGUAUGGUCACAUAACUACAACUAGUGUAAAUGACAGUGAGUUUGAGAACUUGUGGCAGGAAAUGUCAAAAGCAUUGGUUUGUCUGGGUAUUCAACAAACUGAAAUAGAUGAAUUAAAGAAAGCUCCCCUCAGUGCCGAUGAGGCAAAUUAUAUUGAUAUGUUAAAAGAAUGGUAUAAAACAGAAGAGCAGUUAAUCGAUGUCACUGAAAAAAUCAAAGAAGAUGUGAAAGUAAUAGAAAGAAAUGUGGUAGAGAUGAAACAAGAGAUGGCAACAAAAGUUACGAACUUAAAUGAGGAUGUAAAGAAAACAAAAGCUGAUGUAGCAGGAGUAAAAAAAAUGUUACAGGACAAAACAUGUUCAGUUGUCGAAAAGCUUGGAAAGUGUAAUUUCAAUGGUCUUAUAAAAGAUCUUAACAAGAAAUACCUUGAAGGCACUAGACAAUGGUUAUUCGAAAAACGCGACACUUGGUUUAACGAUGGAAAGGAAAAUGCUUCUAAUGUCAUGAUUUUGAUUGCCGGUCCUGGCGUUGGUAAAAGUGUGUUUGCUGCUGAGGUGUGUCGACGAUAUUCUGAAAAAAAGAAACUUGCUGCUUCUCAUUUCUGCAAGUAUAAUAGAUCAGAUUAUAGAAAUCCUCGAGUAUUGAUAGAAUCUUUGGCUAGUAGCAUGUGUGAUACAAUAUCAAAUUUUAAAAGUAAACUGAAUGAAGAAUUACAGAGAAACCAUUCCAAAGAAUCGAUCACCGAUAAAUUCCUUGUUUUAUUACAUAAUCCAUUGCAUUCAUUGGAAGAUCAUGAACCAAUGCUUUUGCUUAUUGAUGCCUUAGAUGAAAGCCAAGUUGAUGGCAAAAGUGAAUUGUUGGAAUUGAUUGCAGAAGAGUUUGACCGACUGCCUAAAUGGAUUAAAAUCUUCAUCACCAGUCGUCCAGAACUUCCUGUUCAAAAGGAGUUAAAAGUCAUGAAUCCUGUGGAAAUUACAAUUCAUCCUCGUGAUAAAAACAACGAAGAAGACCUGUAUAAGUAUUUGAAACAUAUGUUGAAUUUUCAGGUGCAUGAACAUUACUACGUUCUAUCGUCAUUAGUUAAAAAAUGUGAGGGAUCAUUUCUUUAUGCGUAUUACGCACAACUGAGCUUGAAAGAAGAAAAUACUGAGUUUACUCACAAAAACAUUCAAGAAUUGGUCCCUAGUGGGUUGGGCAGUGUUUACAAAAGGCAAUUCAAAAGAGUAAAAGAAUUGCUGACAGAGAAAAGUCUUUUAACCGGAAAUUCAGUUAUUUCAAAAAGCAUCUUCAAGCAAAUUCUUGAAUUGUUGGCUGCCUGUCGGGAGUUUUUACCAUUAACUUUAUUGCUUGACUAUUUAGGUAUUUCUGGUGACAACAAGUUUGAAGUCCGCAAUAAAAUCAUUGAACUGUUAUCUCAAAUUUUUCCAGUUUACGAUGAUUGUUUAACCGUGUUUCACAAAUCUUUAAUUGAUUGGUUGAAAUCAGAUGGAUGUGAAAAUGGUCAAAUAUCAAUUUUUGAGCUUCCAGAAUUUACAGAAAGAUGCACUCUAGGCACCUCACUCGAUGAAUCAAGGUUGGUGCCAAUGCAACUGAAGAAUGCAUUAGGAUGUUGGUGGUCAGAUGGUUUACUGUGGAUAUGGGAUGGUUCUGAUCAUCUUAUGAAGAUAUCCACUUCGUCUAAAAAUUUUGUAGAUUCUACUCAAGCAAAGCAUGUUAACAGUGGAUUUAAACCUAAGGAAUUCUUAACAUUUGGUGAUGUCUUUGCUUUGUCGAAUAUCUUUCAAAGAUUGAUAAAUGAUUUGUCUAAAGUUGCCCAAGGAUGUCAAGCUAUUGAAUUAGGAGUGACACCAGUUCAAGAACGCAGUAUUCGUAUCAAAGGUCUGGAAUGUCUCGUUUCUAUUCUUAAAUGUAUGGUAGAAUGGAGCAGGGAUCUUUACUUUAAACCUGAUUCUCAGUUAACCUCUCAGGAUCUAAGUUAUCCAUUAGUUAUCUUACUUACCCUUGCUGGUCUCGCGGUGGUUCAAGGCAGCUUACGUGAUGAAGCUUCAAGAGAUGAACUAAAUUUGUACUUUUGUACUAUUGCAAGAGACUGA